CAGGUUUAAAUGCUGUGCAAGUGAAGCUCUCGCUUUGAUAACUGCUCGCGUGUCUGCAAGGCUCAGCCAAUGGAUUACUCGUAUCUCAACCAGGCGGCCGCGUCCUUCGACUCCAGCUGCCUGCAGGGCGGCAUGGAUCCCACCGGACUGGCCAACAUGCCGUGCGCCUACGGCGAUCUCACGUCCUGCAGCCAGAUGUCGCAGGCCGCCUAUCGCUACACGGCGGCCGCCGCCUCGAUGGCCAGAUCCUACAAUCCCGUGGGCAGCGCCGUGGGCCACGGCAGCGCGGCCAUGGGCAGUCUCCACCACACCGGCGCCCCGGGAAGUCAGUGCGGCGUGAUGAACGGCCGGAGUCACCAUCAGGACAUGCACAGAACUUCCAUGUUUCCCGCUUCGAUGAACCUCCAGACUGGCAUCUCCUACAAAGUCUACCCUGGCCACGAUUCCGUGCUGACGGAGAAGCGGAAGCAGAGACGGAUCCGGACCACAUUCACAUCGGCGCAGCUCAAGGAGCUCGAGAGGGCCUUCCAGGAGACCCACUAUCCUGACAUCUACACACGCGAGGAGAUCGCCAUGAAGAUUGACCUCACCGAGGCGAGAGUUCAGGUGUGGUUUCAGAAUCGUCGAGCCAAAUUUCGGAAACAGGAGAGAAUAGCACAGCAAAAGGUCACAUCGAACAAUCCCAGCAGCGCCUCGGAUGCAUCGGUCAAGGCGGAGAUCAAGGCGAAUCCCGGGGGCGCCACAACACCCAAGGACCUCAAAGCAGGCUCGCCCAUCUCCACAGUGUCCACCACGCCCAACUCCAACUCGUCAUCGCAUCAGUCCACCGACAUCAAGCCCAUUAAUGGGAAAAUCACAGAUGAUCUCACGUCCAACAACAACAAGUGGACAGGAUCGUGCAACUCGCUGCUGCAGCACCAUCAGCAGCAGCAACUGGGGAAGUCACCCACGACGGCGUCGAGUCUGGGAAGUGGCCUUCAGAACCAUCAUCACACGUCGCACCAUCACGCGGCCGUGGCCGCCGCGGCCCUGGCGUCGCCCUUCUCGUCCCUCCUGAGCGCCGGAGGGAGCGCCGGCUACCUGCUGGACCCUCUGGGCAGCCUGAACAAGUCCAGCACGGCCAAUCACCUCUUCUAGGGCUGAGAACCGAGCCACAACCACCCCCCCCCCCGAAAUGCAAGACAGAGUCUUCGUCCAGUCCCGCGGGAGCCAAGAAGUUAUCACAUGUGAAUUUCAAUGAGAUACGAAUGUCUUUUUUUUUUCGCCGAAGCGCAGAGAAUCGAAGUGUGUAUAGUCUACUGAACACAUCUGUAUACGGAAAAUCAUAUAUAUACCAUAUAUAUUUAGGUGAGGGGAGGAGAGGUGACCAGAGAGUCCAUAUACGAGAGAAAGAAGUGGUAUAAAUUAUUUUUGCCAAUUUGUAUAAAAUAUGGUUGUAAAAAUAGCGAAGAUUAGAUGUUUUGUUGCCCUCCUCAUCCAACAUUUGCGUCGUAGAUCACUGUUUUUUUUUUCAUGCCACACACAACACUAUAGAGAGAUACUCAGUUUCUCCACUUAGUCGAAAGCAACAGAUUUCAAAUAAAUUCCCCCAGAAAGUGUGAAAGUAUAUAUUUUCUUUGGCCAACCACAAAAGACAUCCAUGUUAAGAGACACCCAAUUAGGCAGUCAAUGAGAGUCCGCCAAGGCUCCAUGUUUUAAUUGUAAAUUAUGCAAUAAGUGAGAGAGAAAGAGCGUGAAAGGUGAGAUAAGAAUAUUGUAGAAUGUAAUGAGAAUGAUGGUGGAAAAUGAAGAGAAAAAUCAUAGUCAUAUUGAGGAUUAUUUCGUGAAAUAAAAAAACAAAAAGCUUGAAAGGCAGAAAAGCACGAUGAGAAUUCCCUGGAUUGUCCUCAGGAUC